UAUAUUGUUUUGAAAAUAUUUUGAGCAUUGGUAACCAAAACAGAGUAGUUUUAACAUACACCUUUUUCCUAACUAUCAUAUUUUAAUCAACACAGAUAUUCUAUUACUUAAGUUCAGUCAUGUUUCCUACUCGCCAAUUCAAAAUUUUUUCAAGGUGUUAUCUCCUUUACAAACAAAUAAUUCCACCCAGAAAGAUUACAACAUCAGUUUGUUUCAACAAGAGAAAGGAUGAUGUUUACAUUCAAAGGAUGGCGCAAAGAUUUGAAAAUUGUCAAAAAAUAUUUCCUCAUUAUGAUUAUCCACUACGGAUGGAUCCCAAAUACAAGGUAGCUAUCAUCACAGGAGGAGAGACUGGGAUUGGACUAGCAGCAGCCAGUGACUUGCUGGCCAAUGAGGCUCAGACUGUCGUGUUGGCAGGGGUGUGUGAGGGUGAGGUGGCUGUGAAAAAACUCAAUGAGGAUUACGGACAAGGGCGAGCUUGUUUCAUGCACAUGGACGUCAAUGAUCCGAGGGAUUUUGAGGAAUUGUUCUACAGGGUGAACUUGGUUUAUGGAGGGAUUGAUAUAGUGUUCAACAAUGCUGGGAUAUUGCAGGACCAUGUAUGGGAAUUUGAGGUGGAUACAAACUUGAAAUCAGUAAUACGUGGAACCCUCCUGGGUUUAGAUUACAUGGGAAAAAACGGAAGGGGCAAAAGGAAAGGGGACGGUAUAAUAAUUAACCAUUCGGACACUAUGGCUCUUGAAGGUCUGCCUUAUGCUCCAGCCUAUUCUGCAACUAAAGCUGGCAUCAUCGGAGCUACAUUAAGUUUUGGAGCCAAGUACCAUUACAACCAUACUGGGGUACGGGUGGUAGGCCUGUUGAGUGGACCGACCAAGACUGACAUAAUACAGAUGGCUGGUGAGAAACAGUUAGAACCAGAGUGGGGAAGACUUCUGGUUGCCUAUCUCUCUGAACCCCCACCACAGAGUGCCACUGUGGCCGGUCGAGCCGUUACAUACCUGGUCAAGUACGCUACACCUGGCAGCCUCUGGACCAUAGAUAGAGGUGAACUAUCUAUCACUAAGAUCCCAAAGAGACGUGACUUAAAUACUAAAGUCACACAAUUGUAAUUGUGCCGCCAAAAGCUUAUUUAAUAAAUCAAUUGUAAAUAACCUACUGCA